CUUGCACCUUAUACACAUUCCCUUCUACAAUCAUGUCCAGUCUCAAGGAAAUAAAUCCCAUCUCCACCAAUACUGAGAAUUCUCGUUUCCAUCCCUUGGAUCAACUCACUGGUGAUGAGAUCAUGACCGUUGCCGAGAUUGUUCGCAAGGGUGUACCCAAUCUCAACAUCGUCUUUAACACUAUUACCCUCAAGGAACCCAAGAAGGAGCUCAUGAUGUCCUACCUCGGAUGGGACACCACUAAACCCCGCAUUACCAAGAUUGAGCGUGAGGCCCUUGUAGUUGCCCUCGAGAAGCCUUCCAUGAAGUGUUAUGAAGCCCUCGUUUCCCUUGACAAUGGUCAGCUCAAGAGAUUUGAGCACAUCCCUGACGUCCAGCCUAUUCUUACCAUGGACGAGAUGUUUGAAGUCGAAGAGCUCGUUGCCAAAGAUCCCCGCGUUCAAGCUGAAUGCCGCGAACUCGGCAUUGAAGACAUGUCUUGUGUGUUCUCGGAUCCUUGGGCUAUUGCUCGUCAUGUCACCUACAAAGGCCGUUCCAAGCGUAUGAUGCAGGCCUUGAUGUACAUGCGCACCUGUGAGGAUGACAACCAAUAUGCACACCCUCUUGACUUUGUUCCAAUUAUCGAUCUUGGCCUGAUGAAAGUGGUUGACAUUGAGAGAAUUAAGCCCAGAGACAGCAAAUUCACUCGUCCUACCAUCCCCCUCGAAAAACACAAUUUCUUGCCUGAGUUUGUUGGAGAAGAGAACUUCAGAAAGGAUAUCAAGCCCAUCAUCGUCCAGCAGCCAGAGGGCGUUUCUUUCAAGGUCAAGGGUACUGAAAUCGACUGGCAGAAAUGGAACAUGAAGAUCUCUAUGAACUACCGUGAAGGUCUUGUUAUCCACAAUGUGAGCUACCAGGAUGGUGCCGAGAAACGUCCUCUUUUCUAUCGUAUUUCGCUUUCCGAGAUGGUUGUUCCUUACGCCGAUCCUUUCACUCCUCACAACCGUAAGCAUGCCUUUGAUGUUGGAGAGUAUGGUCUUGGUCUCUGUACCAACACCCUCACCCUCGGUUGCGACUGUCUUGGCUCCAUCUACUACUUCGAUGCCACCUUUAACGACCACAACGGAAAGCCUUUCCACGUUCCUAACGCUAUCUGCCUUCAUGAAGAAGAUGCUGGUAUUCUCUUCAAGCACACCGAUUACAGAAAUGGCCGUGCCCACGCUGUCCGUUCUCGCCGUCUUGUAAUCUCUCAGAUUGUUACUGUUGCCAACUACGAUUAUGGUCUGUACUACUACUUCUACCAAGAUGGAAGCUUCCAAUAUGAGGUCAAGGCAACCGGUGAGCUCAACACUCACGUUCUUGCCGAAGAUGAGACUCCCGGACCUUAUGGUGUUAUGGUUGCUCCUCAGAUCAACGCCCAGUACCACCAGCAUUUCUUUACCAUGCGCAUUGAUCCCAUGGUUGAUGGUGCCAACAAUUCGAUUUGCAAGGUUGAUACUCAACGUGUUCCUCAUGCUACAGGCCAUCCAAACAACAUGUAUGGCAACGGUUUUUACUCUGAGUCUACCAUUCUGAAGGAUACUGCCGAAGGCCAGCAGACUGCCAACUAUGAGACUGCACGCUUCUGGAAGAUUAUCAACGAGAAUCGUAUUCAUCCUUACAGCAAGGGACCUGUUGGCUGGAAGAUUGUAUCUAACCAUCACACUCCUUUGUUUGCCCAAGAUGACUCGGUUGUGGGUCAGCGCGCUGGGUUUGCUAAGAAGGCUCUAUGGGUUACCCCUUAUAAUGAGAACCAGAUCUUUGCUGGUGGUUUCUACUGUAAUCAGUCUGACGGUGAUGACAAUGUUGAGCAUUGGGUCAAGGAUGUCCAGAGCAUUCAGAACAAAGAUAUUGUUCUAUGGUAUACAUUUGGUGUUACCCAUCUUCCCCGUGUUGAGGACUUUCCUGUCAUGCCCGUAGAAAUGUGUGGUUUCUCCAUGAAGCCCUGCAACUUCUUCAUGGCCAAUCCUGGAAUUGACGUUCCUCCUACAAACAAGGGUAUCAACCACUCCAAGCUUGCAAGCAAAGAGAAGGAGAAUAAGGCCGCCUGCUGCACCAAGUUAUAAAAAUCAUACUCAUUAGCAUUUUGCCUUAAAGUCACUGGGUGACCUGUACAAAUUACACUUUUCUUUAUUUCUUUUAUUCUAUUAUUUCAUUUGUUAUAACCUAGUAUUUAACUCUUAGAGUCGCAAAAUAUAGACACCAAGUUCUUAAUUGCCCUAAUAAAACAAACAAAAGAGUUCUUUACUUUC